AGAAGGCGACAACAAGGAAGUGAAGACGUUAACUGGCGUUUGUUACCGCAGGCGGUCAGUACCGUAGAGGUAACGUUAGCUACACCAACGAUAACGGAGCAAAGACGUCAAAAUGACUACACGAAAACGUCGAGGCAAAGAUUUACACACAACACAAACUAGCGCUGCUGGUGGUUUGAAGGAAAAUGUGCCACAGAAGAAAAUGCAGCACUUCCACUUCGACCUGUGGUUCUGCCUGACUCUGCAGAACUGGAUCCUGGACUUUGGAAGGCCUAUUGUCAUGAUUAUCCUUCCUCUGGAGUGGUUUCCCCUCAACAAGCCCAGUGCUGGAGACUAUUUCCACAUGGCAUACAAUGUCAUUACACCUUUCCUAAUGCUCAAGCUGAUUGAGCGCAGUCCCAGGGCGCUGCCCCGCUCAGCGGUCUACCUCUGCAUCAUCACUUUUGUCAUGGGAGCCAGCAUCCACCUGGUGGGGGACUCCAUCAACCACCGGCUCAUCCUGAGUGGCUACCAGCUCCACCUGUCAGUCAGAGAGAACCCCAUCAUCAAAGACCUCAAACCUGCCUCACUGAUUGACUCCUUUGAGCUGCUGUAUUAUUAUGAUGAACAGCUGGGACACUUAAUGUGGUAUAUUCCUUUCUUCAUCAUUCUGUUCAUCUACUUCACCGGCUGCUUUACCAAGGCCAAAGAACAGAAGAAGAUUCCUCUCUCUGGUUGGCUGUUGCUGGGACCCAGCGCCCUCUACUACUGGUACUUGGUCACAGAGGGACAAAUCACUGAACUUUUCCUCAUCACCUUCCUUGCCAUGGUUGCCAUGGUGAUAUAUCAACAGCGUAAAGGGCUCAGCCCAGACAGCAACGGCCUGUUCCUGUUCUGUAGUUUCAGUGGUACUGUGCUUCUGGUGGCACUGUGGGUGGUCUAUCUGUGGAAUGACCCAGUGCUGCGCAACAAGUACCCUGGGCUCAUUUACGUGCCAGAACCCUGGUCCUACUACACAUUACACAUCAAGAGCCACUGAAUAACAUCUGCCCAGAUUUCCUGUGACAGAGAUUGUGGCAGCACUCAGAAUGACGUCAAUACUGAUGAUGUGAUAAUGGGCAACGACCUCACUGUUAAACACAAGGUCCUGCUGCCUUCAGCCAUAAAUUCAAAAGGUGAAAUGUUACUUUAUAUGUCUGACUUGAGAUCUGAGACAUUAGGCCAGUACUGCAUGUCACAUAUAGCAGGUUAGCAGGAAUAACUGAGCCUUUUCUCAGAAAUGUUUUUUUUAAAUCUAAUGUUUAAAUGUUAUUUUACAAUGCCUCAUGUAAGUCUAUCUGUGAUAGAUGGCUACGUGUGUGUUUAGCCCCAAUGGGAAUGUGUUUUAUUUAAUUAUUUACUAUUAUAGUAUUCUGUUUUUUUAUUGAAGGUGUGACACCAGGGCAGGGAUUAACCUGCUAAAAACAAAAGGGGGGCUGUGGUCCUCUUUUUAAAGCCCCCAAACAUUUCCCAUUGUGAGUGUAAUGUCAACAGAAAUUUUAAAAGAUAUUACAUUUAGAUGUUGGCACAGGACCCCUGUGUAAGACUUUAACAUUUGAGUUGUGCUUUAAUGGUGCAUUGGUUUAUUGAUACCAGAAAUGUAAACUUUGAUACAAUACUAGUAGUAAAAACCAAUACUUUAUACCGUAUUUCAAUACCCCAGGAAAAAUAAGUCCUAGCCACACAAAAUACGAUUAUUUUUUAUUAUUAAUUUUUAUUUUUAAAUGAACCACAAAACAUGUGGUAUUGAAGAAGUAUUGAAGUAUCGAUACUUUGGACAACCUUAGUGACUAUUACAAAUAAUUUUGUAAUUAAUUCAAAUUUAGAUAAAGUAAUUGCCACUCAGACAACCUGGGGCCUUCGGGUCUCCUGAGAACGGCAUCAACUGUUCUCACCGUUAGUAAAUACGUAAAUACGCCAACUUAAACUGCAUGAAAAAGUUGAGCUUUUACAAUCAAAUUCAAGGUUAUUAUACUGUAUGUAGGGUAUAUUCACUGAAAAAUCAAUGACUACAUGCUGUGAGGUUGAUCUGUAACAGCUCAGAAGAAGUGUUGUUCGUUCAGUAAAUUGUCUGCCAGUCACAGCUGUUUCUGUCUGGCUUCCAAAAAGAAAAGAAGACAAUGGGAGUCAUUCUAAUCCUGACGUACUGUCUAAACACGGUUGUGUAAAAUAAUAUAUAUAAUACAUUCAACAUAGCACUUUCCAAGCGAGAUGCACAAACUUCAAUAACAAGAUAUAGAUAUGGACUACCAUUAGAAGAACAAUGGCUUCAAAGUAGCCAAAACAACAAUUUAGAUACAAAAAAAUAAAAUCAAUAUAAAUUCAGUAAAAAAGAUAAAACAGCCAUAUGUAAUACCAAGCCAAAGACAAGAUAAAAGAGAAUGUAACAAAGUAUGAUGGUAGCAUCACUGAGCAGUAUUAUAUAAACAGGGUCUGUUGGUCAGUUAAAUGUGUUUUGAAGUUCGAUUUAAAAACAGAAACUCUGGAAAGGAGGAAUGUUUCUGAACUUUUGCAUUUUAUUUUAUUUUUUAAGAAAAACUUUUCUCAGGUAUGAAAUGUUUCACACUUUUCACAUUUUGGUGAAAUGUAUAAUUGCCAUGCUAAUUUAGACAUGAAAGCUGUUGUAGUGUAGAUGUAUUCCUAAUAUCAAAAAUAGAGCAGAAUAAUCAGAAGAUGAUUUAUCAGAAGAUCAGGGGGAGGAUGAGAGAGUACAUAACCCUGAGGCAGGUUACGCAAGAGUUUAAGAAAUGCAAUGCCUGGACAGUGUCAGAAAAGGAGACUUAUCUUAAGUUUUGGUUGGUCCAACAGAGUCCAAUGCUGUAUCCGAGCACGCCAGAGAGGCAGUUUACAAUGCUUCAACCAAACUGACUCCAAGGAUCAGCUUAUUUCCAGCAGUGCCUUGUUGUCCAGGAACAUUCAGUAAAUCCAGCCAGUUCUUGGGAGCAGCUCCCACUCUCAUUACUUUUAUAUAUGUCACUUGUGAAAUAUGCCCAGAAACAGCAUAUACUUCACAAUUAUGUCCUCCUUUUAGCUACUUCCACUCCUCUGUCAUGCUGCCUUUGUUAGGUUUUUUUAUUAUUCCUCUUCUCCUGCUCACAGGUGUGUCUGAUUGAUCUUCUUCCUUCCCCCACCUUCCUCUCUUGUCCAAGUACAAAAGGGUUAUUUCCUUUUUGUUCCCUUUCAGCUACACUUAGCUAUUAUAUUUCCACAUGUGGUCUUUAUGACCUAACCCUAUUGAGAACAUACUUUCUUUGACAAGAUGCUUUAUUGCAUGUGGGUCAGUAAUGUACAGUAUAACAGACUUCACAAUGAAAAGAAGUCUAUUGUACAGAUGCUUUUACAUUAUUCAAAAGGUCAAAGAAACAAGAGCAGAUGACAUACAAAUUAAUUUGAUAAAUUCAAGUGUAGUUCAAGAGGCUCUCUUUGCUAUUGAUCUCAGGAACUGUACAGGAGAGAACAAUUUUGAUUGAUUGCUUCUUUAAAUGAUCUCAGAGCAAAUAACGCUUUCUAUUUCCUCAUAUGUGGAAAUAUCCAGAGAUAUCCAGAGAUUGGAAAAUGGCUCAUGUUAUACCCCUACAUAAAGGAGGUGACAAGAGCAAUCUUAACCACUAUAGACCAGUACGCAAACUGUCUUACCUGGUCCUGGAAAAUUUAGUAAAUGACCAAUUACAGAUAUUUCUGUCCAGAGUUUCCAUCUUGAGCCCAUUUCACUCUGGUUUUAGAGCGGGACACAAAUACUGUAGCUGUUGUUACUAUGGUCGUAAUUGACCUAUUCAAAGCAUCUGAUACUGUAGACUAUUGCCUGGCUACAUUAUAUUGGAUUUCAUAUUCAUGCAUGUAAUUGGCUAAGAAACUAUGAGAGAGACAACAAUCUUAAAUUGGGAAGCCAUCAUAUUCGUAACGAGGGGUUCCACAGGGUUCAAUUUUAGGUCCACUUCUUUUCACUAUUUAUAUCAACAAUACUGUUUGUCUUUGGCAAAUUGUCAUGCAGAUGAUACAGUGUUGUAUUAUGUUGCUCUUCAACUCUUUAACUCAUUUAUUAUCGGUAAUGUCUGUGAUACAUGUCAUUCUGUUUGAUAUGAUAUGGUUAGGUGGUCUUCUUUCCAUGAGAGACGUGAUACUCUGUGGUAUUUUUUGAUCUGUAUAGCUCUUAUUGGAAAAUUACCAUAUUACCAUUCAGAAUUGCUUUGUCACUCAGAUGGGCUUUAUCAGAACUGCUUUAAAUUUUAGUGCCAUUGACUCCUGGAAAUAAAUACAGCCCCUCCUUAAAAUCAAUACAGUUAACCUUCUGGACAUUUCAGAGAUCUUUAAACUCCCUUGUAGUAUCACCUUUUCUCUGUUAUAAUAUCUUUUUGUUCUUUUUUUUCUUCUUUUUGCUUUUGUAAUUGACACAUUGUUUUCCCUUAAUGGGCGGCACCAUGGUGUACCUUCUUCACAGCAAAAAUGUUCUGAGUUCAACUGUCAAUGGUUCAAAACCCCUGGCCAGCUGGGGACUUUCAGUUUGAAUGUUCUCCCCUCGUCUUCCUGGGUUCCCUCCGGGUGUUUCGACUUCCUGCCAAAGUCCAAAGACAUUCAAGUUAAUUGGCGAGGCUAGAUUUGCCGUAGGUGUGAAUGUGAGCUGUAAGGGUUGCUUGUCACUAUGUGUCAGUCCUGUGAGGAACUGGAUCAGUUCCAGCCCCCCUCCGCCUCGCAAAGGAUAAGCGGUUAUAGAUAAUGGAUGGCAAUGAUCUCUCAAGUUACUUUGCUGAUUUUUUUUUUUUUAAAUGUUGAGUAGCCAUCUUUUUCUUUGCAGUUAUUGUUCUUAAUGUAAAAUUGUGAUUGUUUUGUGUAUUUACAGUAUUAUUCCUGCUUGUAAAAUACUGUUCAGUUACUGGUUAGAUUUUACUAUGUUUAUCUUAAAUAAAAUGUUGAAAUUUA